UUGAACAGCGAUUUUAGGUUAUGUCUCAUUUAGAUUUUUGCGGUUAUUUGAUUGACAAUUUAGCACCAUAAAAGUCUAAUUAUAUAUUCUCAUGAGUGUUACCUACCAUGAAUCUAAGUCUUUGUUGCUGUUUAGUAAAUAAAUCAGACUUUGGUGGAUGACAGAAACCGUUUGGUAUCACAGAUUGUGAAACCACUUUACCCAUUAUGACAUCACCUGUUUCUGAACUACUAGUACAAGAAAGUUUGUGUACGGACUUGUUCAAGACAAUAUCUGAAAGUGUAGACGCAACAAGACAUGUUGACUCCGACGUGUCAUCAGCUGGGCAAGAUGAUGUCAUCGGCAAACUGCUUGACAAAAUGAUCCAGAUCUUACCUCCUGAAGAGAGAAAUAUUUUUGGCACAACGGAUGACAAGAACAUCGAAGAAAUAAUCGAGGAAGCGAACGAACUUAUACGUGCGACAACGCCUCUUUUCUCAUCGACUGACAGUGGUGACCAAAGUAAUAAAACAUCAAAAGCUCUUUCAAAAAUAUCAAAAGCGAAUGAAACAUCCAAAAAGAAUGACAGUAUUGAAGAAGAUGUUACUCCUAAAAAGAGUGAAAGUGGAACAAGCAGCUUGUGUUCUUCUUUAGAAAGUAUUAUUGUGAAGGACAGUCUCAGUCAUGAGUUGGCAGAUAAAGUGAAAGGUAACCAAAUGCCAGGAUCAGGAAGUUCUGAGAAGCUGGAUAAAGACAUCGAAGAAUUAUUUUAUAUGGAAGAGUCUAAUAAAAAUUUGUUUGAGAAACAGCUUGGAGCCAAAGAAAUGGCAUCUGCUCGUAAUGAUGAAGAUGUUUUAUUGGGUGAGUUUAGCAAGAGAGAAGUUAAUGAAACAAAUAUGAACAUCAGAGCCGUCUCAAUGAUAAAAGUAAAAGAUAAACAGCAGCCUAACUCAGACAACAACGUAAUCGAAUCAGUUCCUAGUUCCACUUUCCAAGAAAAAUUAGAAAAUUGCAAACAAGUUCCUCUUCAUAUUUCACCCAAGCACAAUAAAGACCCGGAUGCUCAACUUGAAGCUCUCCGACAACAAUACACCACUGAGAUUCAAGAGCUCAAAUUGACGCAUAACAAAGAAAUAUAUGGGUUGACCAAGCAGAUAACCAGUCUCAAUGAUAAGAUCUUUGAACUACAGAAGCAGUCACAAAUUGUACAAAGUCCUGAUUUGAAAAUCCAAGAAAUCGAACGACUGGAGAACGAAAUAAAAUGCCAGGAACAACUUCUUGCUGGUUACGAACGAGAAAACAAGAAGCUUUGCAAAGAAAUAUCAAACCUUAAGGAAGGAUGGAAACAAAGGGAGAACAAGUUGGUGGAAGAGAAACAGAGGUUGCAGAAUCAGCUGCAGGGAAUGGUGUCAAACAAUCUGCACGAACAGCUGAAGGAUGCACGGGAAACUAUUGUCAAGCUGCAGAUAGAAGUUACUUCUUACAAGAGCAAAAAUAAAGAGUUGGAGUCAGUCAAUGAGAGGAUAAGAGUUGAGAUGCAGAGUUUGCAGCAAGAGUUGAACAACUGUCGCUGUGACCGCUCGGCUGGUGGCAGGAGGGACAAACACUCCGCUAGCGUCGGGUCUCAGAUGUUGGAGAUGAAAAACAUCAUUGCUAGGAAGGACAUAGAGAUAGCACAGAUGAACACGACGCUGAGGAUAUUGAAGGGAGAGUUGAGCAACAGGGAGGUGACAAUGCCGAUGAACUUUGGUCCUGUCGGGAGCAGUCUGGAGGACCAGAGUCAGCUAGAACUGACUGUGAGUCAGCUGCAGACCAGCCUGGCAGUGGAGAGACAGAACUACAGAGAUUUGGCCAAAGAGAAGGACGUCUUGCACAAGGAGAAUCUCGACCUAAAGCGACAGGUGAGGGAACUGGAGAGCAUCGUGAAGCGUAGACAGAGGUCAGAGUCGUGUUUUCCUGUGACGAUCCCUGACCCGACGUCGACCUCACGACUGGCUCAUCUAGAGAAGGAGUUGUCCAACAGACAAGAGUCGCUCACCACACUACAUAGUCAGUUCAUCAAGAUGCAGAAAAAAUAUGAAGACCACAUCCAAGAGCUGGAAAACCGGUUGAAGGAGAGCAGAGACGAAAUACAGACGGUGAAGGCCAACUGGAAGAAGGAAGAAGCCAGCCAGAAACUGACUGCCAGGAAGAUGAAACAAGCUCAGCCCGUGAAGGAGGAGACUCAUCUGCUGGCAACCAUCCGUGGACUACGGCAGGAGGUGGCGACCAAGGAGAAGGAGAUGAACAAGCUGAAUAAGGAGAUGGAGGAGUUGCGACAGACCAACCGGAAACUGCAGAAGGAGAGAGAGAAACAGCUGAAUGCAAUGCCUUCCAAGAUGGGGCUACUUAGAGACAAGCCUAACCUGAAGAAGAUGGAGAAAGUCAACACUAUCACUGGAUCUCGAAACACUCUCACUUCUCCAAACAACAACAUUGAUCCCAUCUUGUAUGCAGAGUUACAGGAGUCAAACCUAAUCCUCAAGUCAAAAACCAAGAGUCUUCAGGAAGAAGUAAAGAGGUUGGAACAAGAUCUGAUUGCGAUGCAUAACAAACGAGUACAUGAUUUGAAUAUGCUUCAGAGUGAACACGAGCUUGAGACAGCUCGACUGGUGGAGGAGCGAGCGGCAUUGAUUGCUCAGAGCUCCUCCUCGGAACUGGAGGGACAACUGUAUACUCAGCAGAUGGUUAUCAACCAUCUGAAGAAUAGGCUCAAACAGAUGGAAGAGUUGAAGAGUGAAGUGACGAUGCUACGAGCUGAGAGGGAUCACCUGGAGCAGAGGCUGAGUGUGGUCAACAAAGAGAUGUGCUUCCUGCAGAACGCCAAUGCUCACUCUCCCGAGAGUAUCCAGUACAAGACUCUUCUCGAAAAACUGGAGACUCUAGAGAAGAACCAGGAGAUCAGAGAACAGAAACUGAAUGCUAUAAGAGAACUACUGAGUCGCACCACACAAGGGCAAGGUCAAUGCUCUGGGACGUGUCGAGACAAGCUGUUGGACAAGAACCGACAAAUCUGCUUCUACCGAGCUCAGAUGGACCGGAUCCUCGAGUCGUUGGUUGAGAUCCGGCGAACCAAGUGAAUCUGGUCGUCACUCCUCGUAGUUUGUAGAGGCUUUAAAUAGUCUUACAUUGUUACCAAAAAGUAGUCAUUUCACAUUUUAAGGCUAGUAUUCUAUCUACAUUGGCUCAUGAUGAUUUGUCAAUUUUUUAUUAAGUUCACUCGCAUUUUUUUAGCUAUUGACAAGCUAGAAGUUUUUAACUUUAGGAAGUCUUAGACUUUAAGAAAAUGUGAGUUUAGUUUUUCAUAGAUUGAGAAAACUAUAGUUUUUGAUAUAGGUGUUAGUGAAGUUUAAAAUAAAUGUUUACUAGAUUUUCACUAUGUAUGCUUUUAUGUAAUGGAAGUAUGGUUUCUUGGAUGAAUUAUGUGGUAAACCUGACACUUCCAAACAAUUACUGUCUGACUUCACUAGACUGAUUUGCUUUCCAGUGCCAAAUUUUAUACCUAGAGCUUUGUAAUAAAAGUGUGGGAUGUUACAAGACAAAUUAUUAAAUUCAAUUUGUGAAGGGUUUUAACUUCUUAACUAAUUCACGGCAUUAAUAAUAAAUUAGUGAAUAUUUUCUGCAAAAUACUAAACUUAAAGUAGUAUACACAUUUUAAGCACCGGAAAAGCAAAAUUUGGCUUAGUAAUACAUUAUAUUUUGCCAAUGAUGCUUCAAAGUUGAAACACACUAAUGCUUUGGCACAUUAAUAUACAUAGAUUUUGCGAAUGAAUGGGAUGUUAUUUUUGAUUUCAAUUAGCAAACUACUAGUAAAACUAAAAACUAAAAAUAAAAAGUUGAAAUAUUUAUUACAGUAGACUCACUCUUAUCCGGACUCCUCGGGACUGAGACCAGUCCCGAUAACGGGUUUUCCGGUUAAACCGACUUCCCCCAAAACUCGUUAAAAUGGACCAUUUACAUGCAUACUGUAUAAGCCGAUAAUGAUUAUUAUUAUUACAUAUUUAGACAUGUGAUCACUGGUCUCUAAUCUUUGCUACGAGAACUGUCGUUUCAGUACCGCCCAUUCCCUGCCGAUCCAGUCCGGUUAAACUGAUGUGCUAAUAAAAAUUGUCCGGGUAAAGAGAUGUCAUUUCUGCCAAGUGUAGUCUGGUUAAAAAGUGUCCAGAUAAGAGGGAGUCUACUGUAAUUGUAAGAAGUUUUGCUAUACAAGAUUUUACUAUUUUUGCUAUACCUACAAGUGUUAUGAAAAAGUGUUUAGUAGGGAUGUUUAAAUUCUUGAUACCACUGAUUUUAGGAAAUUGGUAUUGGUGUCAAGAAUUGGUUGUCAAGAGUUGAUACCAAUUACUGACGGGUCUGAGGAAAUUGCCUGAUCGAAAAAUUCUUGAUUUUGCUAUGAUUGUAGAUGAUGAUAAAGUUACCGUGAUGAUGAAAAUGUCCACCCAAUCGCAGAAAAUGUUCAUGAUUCUGCCACUGAUUUUGGAAGAUGAUGAUAAUGUCUUCAUGACCACGGGAGGGGAUAUUUAUAUUAUUUUACUGCAAUCAUGGGAGACAAUGAUGGUGAUUCCUUGAUGUUGAAGAUUUAGCUGUACAACUGGGGGAGAUGAUUGAAAUUUUACCGCCAUCGCUGAAGCCGAUGGUGAUGUUUUUAUUACCCCCGUCGUGGGAGAUGAUGAAGAGGUUUUCGUUACCGCAGGGAGAUAUCUAGCCCACUAUCGCGAAAGACAGUGAUGAUUAUCCGGUUUAGAUUUGAAUUGGCUAGUCAGAAAUUUUAAUUGGUGCAUUCAUUUUUUCUUUACUUUCAAAACACCCCAUAACCUCAAAAUUACUUUGUAUAAGGGCAUAAAGAAGUGGUUGGUAUAGUAAAACUAAUUCAUAAAGGUCUGUAAAAUAAAAAUAAUUGUAUCAAAAUCAAGAAUCAAGAAUAGAUUUUUUCAGAUAUCAUUAUCAGUAUCAGGAAUCAAUAAGUUUAGUAUUGACAUUGACACCUAUUUUUUAUUUAGAGAUUUUCUGUGUUCUUAUUUCAUUACAAAACCAAUUGAAGAGUAAGAAUUUUGGAUUUUUGAAUGACUUGGAAUUUAAAAACUAAACUCCUUAGUUUAAAACUAAACAGUCUAUGUCAAAAUUGUGUUACCAUCUAAUGUUGACCUGUGUUAGGAAGCAUCUUUUGUUUGAUAGCGAAAUGACAAUGGAAUCUUUGAAUGUUUUGAUUUUAGUCUGGAAAGUUAUAAAACAGUGCAUUGUUCCUUCUGUACACAUUAUUACGCAUUACUGUUAAGAUUUUACAAUAAGCAAAUCACAGAGGUUGUCACCCGCAGUACGAUAUAAACAUCUUGGUCUGUAUACUGUCCUCAUUAUGCUCCCUAAGAGCAAUAAUCCCGAAAUUAAUUUUUUUUUGUCUUGAAAGUCAUGGAUAACAAUGAUUUUACAUUCUGGUAAAGGGUUAAUUUUGUUAUUGUAUUUGACUAUAAAAUAUAUUUGCAUUAAAAAGUUUAGUAUGUUGUUUGUUCUAGUCUUAUCCACUUGUAUUUGUGUUAUAGCUUGUGCGUUGUCUGGUGAAGCCUAGGGGUAGGGUUGAAGCCCCUACAAAACCGGUUCAGAGCCACUCUAAUCACCUACCCCCAGGCUUCACCAGGAAACGCACAAGCUCUACAGUUUUAGUAACUUAUUUUAUUUAUUUUUUCAUUGUUCAGUUAUUUAUUUUUUCUAAAGUUCUUUUAAGUGACUGAAUUUGAGGUAAAACCAAAGAAAGUUGUGCCUGACAGGAUUAUUUCCUUUUGUAGGUUAAGGAUUGUAUAGUUUGAAUAAUUAGGUUGGACAACUAAUAAUGUUAAAUUGAAAUAAAUAAUUUUAUUCUGAGUUGAA